UACAAAAUAGAAAAUUCAAAGAGUUGACCAUCAAAUCUAUACGUUGGAAUAGAAAAUAGAAAAAUCACUAAGAAGAAAAAAAGACUUGGGAUUUGCUAACUGGGUCCUCAGACUAACCGCGUUAAUCUCCGUUCUUAAAAAAAAAUCACCAUUCUUAAACAUUCAUCGCCAUGUGAAGUCUUUCUUCUUCUUCUUCUUCUUCUUCUUCAAUGGCAUUUACCAUCUCAAUCUCUCGUUUCUCCUUUUACUUUCCCUCUCUCCUUCUUCUUGUAUCCUCCUCCUUCUUACUCUGCUUCUCCCUCUCCACUGUCUCCAUCUCUCGCACCUCUGAUCAGAGUCAGACCCUUGUGUGUGCUCUCACGAACCGCUCUCAUCUCCAAUGUUCCAGUUUCCCUUUAAACUCGAUUCGAUUCUCUUUAACCGAUAAACUCCGGAAUCGUGAGUUUUCCGGCCUUGUCUCCGGCAACGGGUUUGUCUGCGGGCUAACAUCGCCGAUGGAUUCCAACACUUCUACAAUUCUCUGCUGGAGAUUUUCCGACAACGGAGCUAACAUGUCGUACAAGAGAAUCUACCAAGGUCCUGAGCUCAAAGAGCUCGAAGCCGGGACUUCUCGAAUUUGCGGAGUUGAGAAACUCACAAAUCGCACAGUUUGCUGGCAACCAGUCUCUCCGCCGCAGCCGGAUAAUUACGACUCCAUCGCCGUCGGAGAGAAUUUCUUCUGUGAGUUAUCAAAGCCACCUGGAAAGAUCAGAUGCCAAGGAGAAGAAAACAUAGCCAAGGUGCCUAGUGGGAACCGUUACAUCGCGAUUGCGGCUGGGUCAAGACAAGCCUGCGCGAUCACGAUUGACAAUGAUGUGGACUGUUGGGGACAAGCGCAGUCGCAGUCGCUGCCGCAGCCGCGUGAAAAGUUCUCAGCACUUGCGGUUGGGGAAAACCGUAGCUGCGGCGUUAGAUGGCCUUAUGGUACAGUGGUGUGUUGGGGAGGAAGCAACAACAACGAUUUCAGUUUGCCUCGGAAUCUUGAGGACAUUAAUUUCGUAUCAAUUUUCGCUAAAGGUCCAAUCUUUUGCGGAGUUGCCACAAAAAACCACACUCUGUAUUGCUGGGGAGAUGAGAAUUUUGAAUCGGGUGUUUUCGCUCCGUUCCAAGGCCAAUCUGUAAUUCCAGGACCGUGUAGAAAAGAAUGUCCUUACGGUCCAUUGUCAGGAUCAGAGUCAUUAUGCAGCAGUGGAUUAACGAUCUGCGAUUUGACCAGAAAGGAUACACAACAAGACUCUAAGAACAAAACUUGGAGCAGUAAAAACGUUGCGUUUUUAGCGGUCGGAUGCAUUGGAACGGUUUCCUUGCUCCUUGUCAUUAGUUUCUUGGUCUAUAAAAGCAAAUGUCGAUGCCGUGUCCAUGACUCAGGACGUCUUGACGAUAACAGGAUUAUUAUAGACAGACCCAAGCUCGAGAAGAGGCUGAGCAGUCUAGCCAGUUUAGGGAACCCUGGCCAGCUCGUGGAGUUCUCAAUUGACGAAUUGGCUCUAGCCACAGACGGGUUCUCUGUUCGGUUCCAGCUCGGGAUAGGCAGCUUCGGCUCUGUUUACAAAGCCGUAUUGUCUGACGGACGUCAUGUAGCCAUCAAAAGAGCCGACCUCACAAACCCUGCGUCUUCCGGGACAUCGAUGAGAAACCGAAACAGACGAGAGGACAAUGAUUCCGCGUUCGUAAACGAGCUAGAGUCUAUGUCGCGGCUCAACCAUAGGAACCUAGUUAGGCUUCUCGGUUUCUACGAGGAUGCGGAAGAGAGAGUUUUGGUCUACGAGUACAUGGAGAAUGGCUCUCUAGCCGAUCAUCUUCAUAACCCUAGAUUCGAACCUCUGACGUGGGAGAGACGUUUGAGGAUCGCGCUUGACGCGGCGCGUGGGAUCCAGUACCUCCACGAGUUCGCCGUUCCUCUGGUGAUCCACCGUGACAUAAAGUCGUCCAACAUACUGCUGGACGCCACGUGGACAGCCAAGGUAUCGGAUUUUGGGCUCUCUCAGAUGGGUCCAACUGAGGAAGAGGACGUCUCGCAUCUCUCCUUACGCGCCGCCGGUACACUGGGGUACAUAGACCCGGAGUACUACAGGCUCCAGCAGCUCACGACAAAGAGCGAUGUUUACAGCUUCGGCGUCGUGUUGCUUGAACUGUUGUCGGGUCACAAGGCGAUACAUAUGAACGAGGAGGAAAGUCCUAGAAACGUGGUGGAGUUUGUGGUGCCUUACAUUUUGCAGGACGAGGUUCACAGGGCACUUGACGGGAGGAUUCAACCGCCGACGCCGUACGAAAUCGAGUCUGUGGCGCAUCUCGCGUACUUGGCGGUGGAGUGUGUGAUGCCGUGUGGUCGGCAAAGGCCGUCCAUGGCUGAGGUAGUGAGUAACUUAGAGAGUGCUUUAGCUGCUUGUUUGGCUGCUCCAAAGACCCAGCCCCUUUCAAAAUCCAAUAAUAAUUAGUCACGUGUCUCUUUAUUUAUUUAUUUAUUUUUCAACACAUACAAUAAGAAUAUGCACAGCUACAUAUCUUGUCCCUUCUUUUUUCAAUUCCAUUGGUCUUCUUUUAUUUUUAUUUUUUUUUCGUUCAACCAGUUACUAUUUUUUCUUCUUCUGGAAUAGAAAUCGAGUUCAUUUCAUGGGUACAGAAUUUUCUAAGUUUUUU